GCGGCGCGGCAUGUGCGACCCGUACGAGCCGAUGCUGCGGCCCGGAAGCCGAGCGGGGCUGGUGGCCCCUGGCCUCGGCCCCAACCCCGGCCCUGGCCCUGGCUCCGGCUCCGGCUCCGUCUCCGGCUCCGACCACGACCACCAGCGCUUCGGACACUACGCCAAUUACGAGCAGAUACAGCACCACCUGCGCGAGAAACGCCUGAGGGGCGCCGCUCUGCUCAGUCGACUGGAGCAAAAGUUCCGGGACGAGGCCAGGCGGCAGCACCAGGUGUACCACUCGCAGCGCGGCCGGCGCGCCGAGCCGAGCGCCGCCGAACGGCCAAUCAGCAACUACUACGAGUACGAGUCAGUGCAGGCCGUCGCGCGUGGUGGCGGCGGCAGCGGCGGCGGAGUCGACCCGACGGCGAACCACUCUCUGCCGCGCCACCACGAGAGGACGCGCUCCGGGCCGGCCACCGGCGGCAGAGCGGCCGGCGCCGGCCGGACUCCAGGCCCGGCCGCUGCAUGCGGCGGUGAGUGGGGGCCGAGUGAGGCGUGGAGGUCAGACGUUUGGUGGUAUCGGACGGAGGGCUGGGUGGUCGCUUGGUGA